UAACUGGGUUAAAGGGCUCAAUGCAGGGACUCUGUUUUCUGGUUUAAGUGCCACAAUGGACACAAGCAACAAAACCCUGACCCACGACUUUCUCCUACUGGGCUUUCCUGGUUCUCAAACUCUUCAGCUGUCUCUCUUCAUGCUUUUUCUGGUGAUGUACAUCCUCACAGUUGGUGGUAAUGUGGCUAUCUUGAUGUUAGUGAGCACCUCCCAUCAGUUGCAUACCCCCAUGUACUUCUUCCUGAGCAACCUCUCUUUCCUGGAGAUUUGGUAUACCACAGCUGCAGUCCCCAAGGCACUGGCCAUCCUACUGGGGAGAAGUCAGACCAUAUCAUUUACAAGCUGUCUUUUGCAGAUGUACCUUGUUUUCUCAUUAGGCUGCACAGAGUAUUUCCUCCUGGCAGCCAUGGCUUAUGACCGGUAUCUCGCCAUCUGCUAUCCUCUACACUACAGAGCCAUCAUGAGUAGCCUGCUCUCAGCGCAGCUGGCCCUGGGUUCCUGGGUGUGUGGUUUCAUGGCCAUUGCAGUGCUCACAGCCCUCAUCAGUGGCCUUUCCUUCUGUGGCCCCCAUGCCAUCAACCACUUCUUCUGUGACAUUGCACCCUGGAUUGCCCUGGCCUGCACCAGCACACAGGCAGUUGAGCUUGUGGCCUUUGUGAUUGCUUCUGUGGUCAUCCUGAGCUCAUGCCUCAUCACCCUUGUCUCCUACGUCUACAUCAUCAGGUCCAUCCUCAGGAUCCCCUCUGCCAGUGGCCGGAGCAAAGCCUUCUCCACAUGCUCCUCGCAUCUCACUGUGGUGCUCAUUUGGUACGGGUCCACAAUUUUCCUUCACGUCCGCACCUCUAUCAAAGACGCCUUGGAUCUAACCAAAGCUGUCCAUGUCCUGAACACUGUGGUGACUCCAGUUUUAAACCCCUUCAUCUACACGCUUCGUAAUAAGGAAGUAAGAGAAAGUCUAGUGAGGAAAUGGAAGGGAAAAUAACUCUCCUCCAUCACAA